GCCAUCUCAUGGCCUCGGGCAGGGAUGUGAGAUGUAUAAAAGGUGGGAAGGCUCAGGGCAGCCCAAACCCUUUGGCAUCUCCACACUCCAGCCUCUUGGCAAAGAGAACUUGGUUGUGCAUCAACCCAGAAUGUCUCAGCAGAAGCAGAAGCAGUGUGCUCCCCCCCAGCAAUGCUGCCCUCCACCCCAGCAGUGUGCUCCUCCACCCCAGCAGUGUGCUCCCCCACCCCAGCAGUGUGCUCCCCCACCCCAGCAGUGUGCUCCCCCACCCCAGCAGUGCUGUCCUCCACCUCAGCAAACCAAGCAGCCUUGUCAGCCUCCACCCAAGUGCAAGGAGUCUUAUGCGCCCAAGUGCCAACAGAAAUGCCCACCCCCUCAGCAGUGCCAGAAGUCCAAGCAGAAGUAAGACCCCAGCAUGUAACCAGAGGCGGAACCUCCAGGGAAAACAGCAGCAUGAAGUUCGCUGCCCCUUUCUCAGACAGCCAGCUGCCAGCCCCACUCACCCCCAGCUUCUGGCCUCAAGCACCAGGAGGGUGGCUUCUUCAAUCUCCACCUCUUAUUAAUUAUCAGCUGCAAUUUCCACCUCAGACAAGGAUCUGGUUCUUAACCGUGUAACCGUCCCUACUGACUUGUAUUUAUAUCACCGUCUGCUUCUCGGAUCACCGUCUGCUUCUCGGAAGCUUGGGCAGCAGGCCAGGCACCUUUCUUACCACCUCCCUCUUUCACUCCUGUUUUCCAAACAAUUAAACAUAGUUCCUCUGGCA